ACCUGCGUGGGCGUGGCCUCGCCCCCGCCCCGCCCCGCCCUCGCGAGGAGCCGCCCGGUUCGGCGGCGGCGCAGCGGGAGCACCGGUGUUCGGGCGCCGCAGCCAGGCGGCUCGGACUUGCAGCUGCCAGGAGUGGCCAUGUCUGUGCAGGUGGCAGCCCCGGGAAGCACGGGGCUGGGCCCCGAGCGCCUGAACCCCGAGGAGCUGGUGCGGCAGACCCGACAGGUGGUGCAGGGGCUGGAGGCCCUGCGGGCGGAGCACUACAGCCUCGCCGGGCACUUGGCCGAGGCGCUGGCCGGGCCGGGCCCUGUGGCUGGAGCGGAGCUGCUGGAAGAGAAGCAGCAGGUGGUGAACCACUCGCUGGAGGCCAUCGAGCUGGGGCUGGGCGAGGCCCAGGUGCUGCUGGCCCUGUCCGCACACGUGGGGGUGCUAGAGGCGGAGAAGCAGAGGCUGCGGGCGCAGGCGCGGAGGCUAGCCCAAGAGAACAUGUGGCUCCGAGAGGAACUGGAGGAGACGCAGCGGCGACUGCGGGCCAGUGAGGAGGCCGUGGCCCAGCUGGAGGAGGAGAAGAGCCAUCUGCAGUUCCUGGGCCAGCUGCGGCAGUACGAUCCGCCCGAGGACAGCCAGAGGCCCGAGUCCCCGCCUCGCCGAGACAGCCUGGCUUCUUUGUUCCCCAGUGAAGAGGAGGAAAGGAAAGGUCCCGAGGCAGCGGGGGCUGCAGCAGCGCAGCAGGGUGGUUAUGAGAUCCCGGCUCGCCUGCGGACCCUGCACAACCUGGUCAUCCAGUACGCUGGCCAGGGCCGCUACGAGGUGGCUGUGCCUCUGUGUCGCCAGGCCUUGGAGGACCUGGAGCGGAGCUCGGGCCACUGCCACCCCGACGUGGCCACUAUGCUGAACAUCCUGGCACUGGUAUACAGGGACCAGAACAAAUACAAGGAGGCCACGGACCUUCUUCACGACGCCCUACAAAUCCGGGAGCAGACUCUGGGUCCUGAACACCCUGCGGUGGCCGCCACCCUCAACAACCUGGCCGUCCUCUACGGGAAGCGUGGACGUUACCGGGAGGCAGAGCCCCUAUGCCAGCGUGCCCUGGAGAUCCGGGAGAAGGUCCUGGGCGCCGACCACCCGGAUGUAGCCAAGCAGCUCAACAACCUGGCCUUGCUCUGUCAGAACCAAGGCAAGUUCCAGGACGUGGAGCGGCACUACGCGCGGGCCCUGAGCAUCUACGAGGCCCUGGGGGGGCCGCAGGACCCCAACGUGGCCAAGACCAAAAACAACCUGGCCUCGGCCUACCUGAAACAGAACAAGUACCAGCAGGCUGAGGAGCUGUACAAGGAGAUCCUCAGCCAGGAGGCCCUGCCCGCCCCGCUUGGUGAGCGCACCCCUACUUCCUGCCCACCCUCCCUCCGGUGUGGCGCCUGUCACCCCACCACCUUCUGUCCCACAGGAGCCCCCCACGCAGGCACGGCUGGUGACGCACAGCAGCAAGUCCUGCGCAGGAGCAGCUCCUUCUCCAAGCUGCGGGAGUCCAUCCGGAGGGGCAGUGAGAAGCUGGUCUCGCGCCUCCGAGGGGAGGCCGCGGCAGGGGCUGCAGGGAUGAAGAGGGCCAUGUCACUCAACACGCUGAACGUGGAUGGCCCGCGGGCCGCCAGGACGCAGGUGAGGCCAGAGAUGGAGCGGGUGCCGCUGGCAGGCUCAGCCAGACGGGAGAGGCGGGGCUCCCUCGGGGACAAGCACGUGGGUGGGGUGGGGGAGAGGCAUGACAGCCCAGUGUCAACUGGAAGAGAGCUCUGACGGCUCCGGUGCCUGCCCCCAGCUCUCAACCGGGACCCUGAGUGAGGCCUCUCGGACCCUCAGCGCCAGCACCCAGGACUUGAGCCCUCGAUAAGUGGCCGGCUGCGGUGGCCACGGCUGCCCAGGAACCGGGGAGGGGAUGGGUGGCUGCCUGGCACCCUGCACGGUGGCACCUGUGGAUCGGGACCCUGCAAUUAAAGACUGUACUCUGUCUGGCA